AUGCCUUCCCUCGUCCGAGCAAGCUUCCCAACUCAAACUACCCCGUCUGCACAUCCCAAUUAUGCGGGUCUUCGGCGAUCUCAGGCAGUGUGGGAUCUCCCAUCUGUUCCUCUUGACACAGAAUUGAAUGUCAAUGUUACAAUAUCAUUUCCCGCCGCGCAACGUCUACCAUUGUCUAUAGAGUCCAUGUCGACUGUCCAUACGUUAAAGUCCCGCAUUGCCGAUCUACGUGGCUUGGAUGAAGCCGGUGUGCAACGUAUAAAGCUGACUUUUAACGACACAGAAAUGGUGGACUCAGAUCACAUCUACGAAUAUGGGAUCAGUAAAGUUUUGUUGCUGUGGAUCCGUGACGUCGAAAAGCGAUUCUACCAGAGUGCACCGUACAUGAUUGUGCUGCAGAUUGGCCAGUGUGGCAUUCAAAUAGGACAGCAGUUGUUUGACGUGCUCGAAAGGGAAAAUACGAGCAAGGAAUCGGCUAUAGGUCCUCUCUCGAGAUUUCGCCAACUAGUCAUCGAUACAGAACGCAAGACAUGGCGCAAACGUCAACGCGAGUCUCGAAGCUCUAUUUUCACUACACAAUACAUAGACAAUGGCACAACUGGGCGGGGUAACAAUUGGGCCCAUGGAUACUGGGAUAUCUCGCAUCUUGAAGCUAUCAUGAAUGCAUACAGAAAAGCUGCCGAGGCGUCUGAUACGAAUGACGGAACUCUGCUGCUACAUAGCAUCGCUGGAGGGACUGGUUCUGGGCUUGGUUCACGCAUAGCCGAAGAAGUGCGCGACCGAUAUCCAAAGCAAUGUCUUAUGACUUUUGCAGUGGCUCCUUUCUCGUCGGGCGAAACCGCCUUGCAACACUAUAACUCUUUGUUAACGCUUGGCUGGAUGCACAGAUAUUCAGAUUUGAUUGGUUUUCUAUCUAAUGAUGCUAUUAUGGGCACGGUAUCGAGACAGUACGGUCUCGUUUCCCGAGGAGCGAAGGUGGAGAAGGUCACUUUGGACGAUUUGAACGAGUAUAUAGCGCAUUGCCUCGCUGGACUGGUGCUUCCUACCACGGAGGUCAAAAGCCAGAGUGGCAAGUUAGAGUACAAACGUAAACCCAGCGCACUUAAUGCGUGGAAUGUGGUAGCGGAAUUGACUCCGGUGCCAAGCUGCAAGAUGGCGACACUGGCGUCUUCCACCGUUGUAUCAGGCGUAGGCAACAUUGCAAACGAUUUUACAUUAGGGUGGGACAGUCUACGAACGAAUUUGAUGCGAAAUUUGGCGAGUAUGCCUAUUGGAACACGCCGCAAGUGCAUUGCCGCCCGACUACAAGCGCGUGGGGUAAUAGGACCAGAGUACUGGCAAAAAUCAGCCCAGUUUGAGCAGAAAUUCGUUACCAAGUUGGGAGUGGUAAAUCAAUCGAAAUGGUUCGACGUAAAAACCUCCUCUUUAUACGCACUUGACAUCAAGUCCCCAAAGCGAUCUCUAGAUGUGUGCUACAAUGGGUCAGAUGUGAUACCAGUGCUUGAUUCAAUGCUCACAAAGGCGGAAGCAAUGUACAAAGCAGGAGCCUAUUUGCACUGGUACGAACGAUACGGUGGCAGUGAGGUGCAAGAGGUUUUUUCCGACUGUUUUGAAAUUAUCCAAACAGCAAAUGACGCCUAUACGGAGAUUUUGGGUAGUCAUCUCUGAAUUAGAGAGCUUUUAGUAUUUGUACAUAUUAUAUAUACAUGCUAUAUUGUAUUGGAGAGACAGCGAAA